AUGAGCAGCACCAAAGAACCCAAGGGCGAAGCCAACUCACCCUUCUUGAUUCCAGGACUCAAGUUCUUCACGGACCCCGAGUCGAACAAUCGUCCUGGAAACUUGUUUUCGGAGAAACUUCACUCUGACUACCAUAACAAUCCAGAGACUGGAUAUCACAUUCCUUUCGCGCCUAUUGGGGACCCUGGAAACAGGAGACUCAAAGUCAUCACAAUCGGGGCCGGUCUGGCUGGUGUUAUGCUAGCUUACAACAUCGAGAAGAAUUGCCCUAAUGUGGAACAUGUUAUAUACGAGAAGAACCCAACAGUCGGUGGAACUUGGUACCAAAACCGAUAUCCCAAUGCCGCGUGCGACUCCCCUACCUGUACAUAUCAGUUCAACUUUGCAGUCGACCCUGAGUGGGAGAAGUAUCAGUCAGGAUCUGACUACCUACGCGAUUAUGUGGCUAAAGUUGUCAAGAAGCUCGACCUUGAGAAAUACAUGACUUUCAACUCGAGAGUGAUUGAAGCCCGUUUCGACGAUAACAAAGGCACAUGGGAUGUCAAGAUUGAGCAGACGGCGGGCGACGGAAGCAAGAAGACCUUCACCGACGACUGCGACCUCCUCCUAGGCGCAGUGGGUAUCCUGGAUCGCUGGGAGCACCCAAAGAUCCCUGGCCUCGAGUCGUUCAAGGGCCGAGUGAUUCACUCGGCCGAUAGGACAAAGUGGGAAGAGUACACCAAAGAUAUGUGGGCAAAUGAUGAAAUCGCUGUUAUCGGGUCAGGAGCAAGCGCGUACCAGGUUGUACCGGGCAUGCAGCCUCACGCCAAGAAAGUACACAGCUUUCUCCGCACACCGGCGUGGUUUUUUGCCCCGUCCACUGCUUUUGGUGGAGACCCUAGACCACAGGAUUAUACAUAUACCGAAGAGGAGAAGGCCCUCUUCAGAAAGGACCAUGGCGCUAUGCUCAAGCACGCAAAGGCCAACGAGAGUGUUUUGAUGAUGAUGCAGCAUAUGAUGGUGAAGCACGACCCUGCGUAUUAUCAGGCCCGAAAGCAUUUGACGGAGCGAACUCGUGAGUGGAUCAAAGAUGACGAGCUGUUUGAGAAGAUCAUUCCUCCUUGGAGUCCAGGCUGCCGCCGAAUCACUCCUGGCGACCCAUUCAUGGUAGCUAUCCAAGAGCCCAAUGUUGAUGUUCAUUUCACGGGCAUCUCACGAGUUGACGAAAAUGGAGUCUUUGGUGACGAUGGCACCUACACCGCGUGCAACACCAUCGUAUGUGCGACUGGUUUUGAUGUGUCUUACCGACCUCCUUUCCCCUUGAUCGGGUUGGACAACUACGACCUUCGCAAAGAGUGGCAUACUGUCCCAGCGGGCUAUAUGGGUCUGAUGGCGCCCAAAAUACCUAAUUACAUGAUGUAUCUCGGUCCGAACUGCCCAGUAGAGAAUGGAAGCAUUACCGGUCUCUUGGAAGCAAUCGUCAGCUACACCGUCAAGGUAAUCAAGAAGAUGCAGCGAGACAACAUUAAGUAUUUUGUCCCUCGCCAGGACGUUACCGAUGAGUUCAACGACCACGCUCAAUCCUGGUUCAAAGGCACCGUAUGGGAGGAGAACUGCAACGCCUGGUAUAAGAACAGAAAAACGGGACGCGUAGAUGCUAUUUGGCCAGGAAGUGCUCUCCACUUCCGAGACGCUAUCGAAGAUCCUCGCUGGGAGGACAUGGAGAUCAAGUAUCAUUCGCGGAAUCGAUUCCAGUAUCUUGGAUAUGGGUUCGCCCCGGUCGACCUGAGCACUUCUCCUGAUGCGGAUCGAAGCCCAUACCUCAAGCUGGAGAAUCUCGAUCCUCGUUUCUAUGAAUAG